UGUGUGACAAAAGGAAAGGAGCGGUCUCUAAACUAUCCACUCUCUCUUCACAACAUUUAGCCCUUCUUCUCCUGAGAUUUCUCCAAGAAACAAAAACAAAAUGGCAGAGAAUCCAUGGCAGCCUCUUCUCCAGACCUUCGAGAAACUAUCGAAUUGCCUCCAAACCCAUCUCUCCAACUUCAUCAGCAUCAAAAGUACUCCUCGUUCGUCAUCCGCGAUCCAAAACCCCAUCUCCUUAGACUCUCAUCCACUAAUCACAACCAACAAUUCUAAUCAUCACAAACUUCCUCUCAAGGACAAGUCUAUAGGUCCUGUGACUAAAGAAGAUCUCGGGAGGGCUACUUGGACUUUUCUGCACACUCUUGCUGCGCAGUAUCCAGAAAGACCAACCAGGCAGCAAAAGAAGGAUGUUAAAGAACUGAUGGGGAUACUUUCUCGAAUGUACCCUUGUAGAGAAUGCGCUGAUCACUUCAAAGAGAUCCUAAGAUCGAAUCCUCCACAAGCUGGAUCUCAGGAGGAGUUCUCCCAGUGGCUUUGCCAUGUACACAACACCGUAAAUAGAAGUUUGGGGAAGUUGGUGUUCCCUUGCGAGAGAGUGGAUGCAAGAUGGGGCAAGUUAGAGUGCGAGCAGAAAAGUUGUGAUCUUCAUGGAACCUCUAUGGACUUCUAGACAUCAUUAUAUUUUUACAAAUUUACGACUCAUUUAUUUAACUCUUUUUGUAUUGGAAAUAUUAUUCCAACAAAGUAAAAUUAGGUUAUAUGUUAA